AUGGAAAUUGAUUUCGAGGGAUCUAACGAAGAUGGCACUCCGGCCAAUGCAGCUGGCUUGCGCCCUGCUAGUCAAAACUUCGGCAGGCCACGGGGCGCCAGCGGACUUGCUCCUCCGGGCAAUGGCGACGGGGACGGUGGAGCCGGGCGCAAGAAGAAAGGCAAGCUCGACAACGCCACGCCCACGAACGGCGCGCCGACGUCCUCAAGGUUACAGAGUGGCCCUCCUGGGCUGGCGCACAAGCUUUCGAGAGGCUCUCUCAAAGGGUCUGAGCCAUCUCGCAGCUCGAUUGCUGGUAAAGGGCCCACGGCUGGAGGGAAGGCUGGAGAGACGCCUGUCGAAGGUAGCCUCCAGGAAGGUCCUCAACCUGAUCCCGCUCCUCCAGCGAGCCGACCUCUGACGCCACUCACUCGAGGGGGCCGAGGAACAGGUGGGCCAUCGGCUCCUGGCGAGUCGAGUUCGGGAAAACCUCCCAGCAUAAGUCCACCUCGAGCCAAUCUUAUCUUGCCUUCCUUCGAGGACACCUUCGAUCGGCCUCCUCGCUCACAUGCGCCUCCUGGAGGACUUGUAGAGCGGACUUUGAGUGCAGUGACAGCUUGGGUUGGGGGCAGAGAAAGGAAGUUCUCGACCUCGUCCAGCAAAUUGCGUCGGAGCUCGUCGAUCAUGGAAGCUGGACCUGCUGCAGUAGCUCGACGAGAAGCUGCAGAGUCUGAGAACAGGCUACCACGGACAUGGGCAGUCAUGGGCCUCAAGGAGCGAGCGAAGUCACGAGGGUGCAAAGAAAUGGACAAAGUGGUCGUGAUUGGAAUUCAUGGUUGGUUCUCGGUAGGACCGCUUGCGAAGUGGUUCGGCGAGCCUACUGGCACCAGUACCAAGCUAGCUACGAUGAUGGCCGACUCCGUCAAGCGGCACUAUGAGGGGGCAGGCUUGGAGCCACCCAGCACAGAGCACGGGCGUUUGACGGUCAUUCCGCUUCAAGGCGACGGGAAGGUGGCUGAUAGAAUCGACAAGCUGUAUGCCGCGCUCCUCGCGCAGCAGCAAUGGGUGCAAGCAGUGAAGGACGCAGAUGUGCUGUUUAUAGCUGCGCACAGUCAAGGCUGCGUGGUCGCAACGCAUCUUCUGGCGCGCCUGCUUGAGCAGGGAACCGUCCAGCCUAACCGCACAAGGACUGCGCUGCUCGCCAUUGCCGGCAUCAACCAUGGUCCCUUCAACAGCUUGCGCUCAGGCGUCAGCAACUACUACUUGAACGCGUUCGAAACGCCGGCUGCCAAGGAGCUGUUUGAGUAUCAGUCCAGCAGCAGCACCUGCUCGCGCCAAUACUCUUCGGCUCAGCGUAUUGUUUUGGACAAGGGCGUCAAGGUGGCUUAUGUCGCCUCAGUGGAUGACCAAGUCGUACCGUUGUACUCUGCACUCAACUCCUCCACAAGUCAUCCUAGCAUCGUGCGCGCUCUGUACGUGGAUAGCCGAGCAUUCCCUCGCGUCGACUUUUUGACGAACCUCUUGGCUUUCUGCGUUGGCGUGCGGAACGCGGGCUUGCCUGAUCACGGACUCCUCUCUCUCCUGUCUGCUUCGGUAGCGGGCUCACUCUACGCUGGGGAAGGCCAUAGCAAGUGCUAUGAAGAGCCAUUAACCUACGAUUUUGCUGCUCGUUAUCUUUUAGAAACUACAUCACCGUUGCGCCCUCCGACAUUACUAGUGGGCGAAAGCGCGCCUCCAGCGCCCAUUUUCGAAACAUUCGAGCCACAAAGGUGGAACCCCUACUCGCUUCCCUGGGCGUUGCGCGGGAUCUUGGAGGAUGUGGCAGUCCGAGAGCUUUAUUCCUCCGAUAUUGCCAAGCUGCUCAGCGACUAUGCGCGUUGGUCGCCCAGCACCAAAGUGCUGAAGGAUGUCCAGUGGCGAUUGGAACCCAUGCGCCUUAUUCCAAGACCACCCGAAGCUCAAGAGGUUCCUCGAUCUGCAGCAAGCUCAGUAUCAAAGCUGUAA